CUCUAAUCCUCCUGUCAUCUGUCAAUAGUGUCAAUAUUGUCAUUCAAACAAACGCGAAAUAGUACAGUCACUCUACUAGCGAAAAUGUUCAACUCUGUCAUGAAUGCGCCCCCUUUCUGGCACAACGGUCCCGCCCCGGGUGCCUUCUACAAUUUUCCAGGCGCGUCUACGACGCCCCAAGAUUUCAGACAACACUCACAGGCUCCAGUGACCACAGCCACUUCGAUCGUAGCGCUGCAGUACAAGACUGGGGUGGUCAUCGCCGGCGACAUGCUAGGUUCGUACGGCUCCUUGGCCAGAUAUAGGAAUUGUCCGCGGAUCUUGAAAGUCAACGACAAUAUAAUUCUGGGGGCUGGGGGCGACUACGCCGAUUUUCAGUACGUGAAGGACAUCAUCGAGCAGAAAAUAAUCGAUGAGGAUUGUUUAGAUGAUGGCUUCAAGUUGAAACCCAAGUCGCUGUAUUGUUGGUUGACGAGAAUUAUGUAUAAUCGCAGGAGUAAGUUUGAUCCGUUUUGGAACAACUUUGUGGUUGGGGGAAUUCAGGAUGGAGAACCUUUCCUUGGCACUGUAGAUAAGUUAGGGACUGCUUAUGCAGACAAAAUUAUUUGUACGGGGUAUGGGGCUUACAUUGCGGUGCCACUUUUGAGGGAUGCAGUGGAGAAGAAUCCUAACCUUACUAAAGUUGAGGCACGGCAACUUGUUGAGAAAUGUAUGGAGGUUUUGUACUAUAGGGAUGCUAGGAGUUUUCCCAAAUACCAGAUUGCUACCAUUGAUGAAACUGAAGGUGCUGUGGUUGAAGGGCCCAUAGAUGUUAAUCAGAACUGGAAUUUGGCACACAUGAUUCAAUAAAUGUAUUUCAUUAAUUACUUUAAUAAAUGAUUUUUUGUA